CAAUUUGUUCAAGGCGUGGUAGGGAGAUUACUGUACGACUGACUUACAUAUAGUGUCAUGUAUCCACAUGUAACACAGUAACUCAUUACGUUUUACUGUUGUCGAAAACAUUUUUUUAAGUACAUAAUCAUAAUAUUGACUAGCGGCUAGCAACGCACUGGACGUGUGUCGUAAGUGCGCCGUAUAUCGACCUGACAUACCUAAGUAUCGGUUCUUAUCUCAUUUCCAGAUCAAUUAAGUAUGCAACGUCGCUGCUGCUUAACAAAUGGUGUUUAUUUGCGUAAUUAACUUCGACACGUACCUGCUUUGCACCUCUGAAGAAUAAACGAGAGAUCAAUAAAUUCGUGUUCUACCCGACAGAUGGCAGGAGGAUUGCCCCACAUCGAGAUACGGGCAACGUGAUUGGCUGCUUUGAAAGUAGUCCCUUGCACGAAUUCCUGUUCCCGCCUCGCGCGCUGUGUUAUUGUGUAGACCCCUCUAGGCCACCAUUGGCUCAUCGCGAGCGAAUACGUUGUGGCGACUCGGUACGGCCGUCAUUCCUGCUUUGAAGGUAAAGGCUGACGGAGCGAGUGCCGCAGAGCAUUUUGUGUGUUGUGAAUCGUUAGUAUUAAAAUAAAGUGCGACAUGGAGAAGAGAAUACAACUUGAGAAGAUGGGGAGAACUCCCGAUAAAAUAAAGGAGCUUAAUCUUGACAACUGCAGAAGUACAAGUAUUGUUGGCCUCACAGACGACUUCAAAAACUUGGAAUCAUUGAGUCUGAUUAAUGUGGGCCUCACAAGCUUAAAGGGAUUCCCAUCAUUACCCAACUUGAAAAAGCUUGAACUCAGUGACAACAGAAUUUCUGGUGGACUCAAUGUGUUGAAAGACAGUCCAAAGCUCACUCACUUGAAUCUCAGUGGCAACAAAAUACGUGACAUUGAAACACUUGAACCAUUGAAGCAGUUCAAACAUCUAAAGAAUUUGGAUUUGUUCAACAAUGAGGUCACAUCAGUUGAAAAUUACAGAGAAAAGGUUUUCAAAUUACUUCCAAGCUUGAAGUACCUCGAUGGGUUUGAUCAAGAUGAGAAAGAAGCGGAGGACAGUGAUGUCGAGGAUGAUGAAGUGAAUGGAAAUGAUAGUGAUGAUGAAGAGGGUAUUGAAGGCAUUGAUGAAGAUGAGUUGGAGGAGGAAGAAGAGAUUGGACUUAAUGCUGUGUAUAAACAACAUUUGGAUGAGGAGAGCGAGGGAGAUGAUUAUGACGGUGUCGAAGACGAAGAAGAUGAAGAUGACGAUGAUGAAUUGGGGGAGGAAGAAGAAGAGGCUGAAGGUGAAGGGCAGGAUGAAGAAGACGGGGAAGAAGAGGAAGCAACACCGAGAGGCAAGAAGAGAAAGCACGACGACGACGCAGCGGCAGAUGGCGAAGCCACAAACUAGGUGUGGGACACUAAAAUAGUGUGGUCAGGAGCUUGUGGACUCCAGGGGCUGAACUACCACUGUCGGGGAGGGGGUAAUCUGUGCUGGGCGAGGUCUCGUGCUGCAGAGUGUCGUGUCGUGUCGUGCCGUGUCGUCUCGUCCGGUGUGCGUGAGUAUACGGAUGUGUGGUGUCGUGUUAAUACUGUGCUUGUUUGAUGGACUGAAUGCGUGCGACGGAACAGAGGGACCGAGAACUGUGAAGUGAGGAAAGCAGAGAAUCUGACAAGAUGGAAGUUGUAUGCGCUGACAAGCGUGAACUAGACAGCUCGUUUUUUGUACAGAUUGCUAAACAAAAUUAAAUAUGAUCCCUUUAAAAUAUAUAUAGAUUACUACUAUUCUUAUUACUACUUCUGGCACUUGUAACGUGUGUACGUUUGUACAUAUGUACAUUCGUCUUCUCACAGGAAAACACACACACACACACACACACACACACACACACACACACACACACACACACACACACAAUGGCAGAACUAUGAGGAUGAGGAGUAUGCCAUUAAUCUGUAACAUAGAAGAUUUUUAACUGUCAUGUAAUUUUUCUGUUCCACUGAUGUAUAUUGAAUCAUAACUGCCACUUUUUUUUAUUUCAUUACAUGUAAUAGACAGUAAUAAGAACAGCUUUCUGUUUAUCUUCUGUACAUUCACAAGACACCAGACUGGAAGCACCAUUUCUGCUGUUUGUAUUUAAUAGUUAACCUUGCAACUCACUACAAAUGGCGGCAACAGUGUUUCUCGUAAAAAGAUACUAAAGAAUAAAAGUACAAAUUGUCAUGAUUAUUUUGUAACUAUAAUAAAGGAUAUAAUUGCCAUAUUUGUGGUGAGGUGAAAGGCCUAGUUUAUUAGUGACCUCUGUAUAAAGUAUUUAAGAGUCAGAACAUUCUAAAUUUUUUGCUGAGAUGAGAAUUUAAGGAACAAAGAUUGUAUGAUAAUCGGACACAGUUAACAUGAGUUUUCCACCACAAUUUAUCUGAAUUAAGCAAUAUGUAAGUUUUGUUGUUAAAAUGAAUUUUUAUCAGAUGUA